AUGAAUAUCCAGAUGUCACUCAUCUUUCAUGCAUUAAUUGUUGUAUACAGGGUCAUUCAGUUCACAAACAAAAUCCAAUAUACUGGAACAACUGUCUCCACAACCAAGUGCAAUGUCCUAGCUUAUAAUCACAUAAAUACUAACGAAAUAGAAUGCAGGAGUCAGUACGUGGCUAUCUCUCCGAAUGAUUCCAUCUACUUCAGCGACACAGUGAACAGAUCAAUUAAGAAGUAUGGGAACUUAUACUGCCACAUACUGAUUGAUGUUAUAGACUUUGAUGAUUUAGAACCAAGAGGGCUAACAUUUACUCCAUCUGGUCACUUGUUGGUCUGUCUGUUCAGCAAACAACGUUCCUUCGUAGCACGAUACAUUAAUGAUAACAAACUGGUUCAGGAAAUCGAGCACAAUGGUGACAAACAACUGUACAAGGAACCUUGCUUUGUGUGCUGCAAUAGAAAUGGUGACGUCUGUGUAUCAGACCAUGGAUUACAUGCCAUCAUUGUUGUUGACCAGUUUGGGGUCUACCAGUUCUCUUACCGGGGCCAAAACGAAAACUCUUUCCGACCUUAUAGUUUGGCCACCGACCAUUUGUGUAACAUAGUGAUCACAGACAACGUUAACCACGAGAUUCACCUGCUGGAUAAAUAUGGACAGUUUUUAGGAUUCCUGACGACAGAACCCAGGAUUAUGAAACCGGGCGCCGUAGAUGUCGACCGAAAUGGGAAGCUGUGGAUGGAGCAUUCCACUAGUGGAGAGUUGGCCGUGAUAAGAUAUCUGAGGUAGUCUACAUCGGGGGCCAUAGAUAUUGUGGAUGGAGCAUUUCACUAGUGGAGAAUUGACCGUUAUAAGAUAUCUGAAGUAGUCAAAAUCGAUCGGUCACUUUUGUUUAUUGAUAAGUGACAAAAAAUGUAGAACUGUUAACGUACCACCUUUAUUUUUGCUUAUUUAUUACAUGUAAGAAAUGAAUGUCGGACUUAUCUAAAAUAUUUUUUAAAAAAUUGAAAUAUUUACGUUUGAAAAUAUGUUUCUUUAUAUGACGAAGAGUUGGGCGUAAACAUUUUCCACAUAAUGU